UAUGUGGCUUCCAUUGUGGAAAGUAUUAUUGGAAAGCAAUACUGUAACAAGUGGAAAUAGCUUGAAAAAAAUUUAUGAAAGAUAUUUACUUGACUUUGAAAUAUAUGAAAAAAUGAAACUAAUUGAAGAUACACAAACUUCAGAUCAACAUGUCAAAAAGAAAAGGGGCAGACCAAAGAAUACAGCACAAAUUAAGAAUAAAAAAAGUGGAGGGAAAUAUAAUAGUCAAAUCAAAGAAACGUUUUCCUCAGCAAAUUUUACGAAGAAAAAUUUUGUAGAAUGGCCAAACAUGGAAAAAUCGAGCAGUCGAAGACAAUCACUUUUAAUAAGAUCAAUAGAUAGCCAAAUAAAUAAAACUUUUGAAGGAACUGUAGAGAAACAUUUUGAAAAUAGCAAAGAAAGGAAGAGAGGAAAUGUUAUUCCCAUGCAAAAUUUAUAUGAGUUUGAACAUCCCAAAAAGACAGCAAAAAGGACUGACAAAGCAAACAAGUUAGCACCGUGCAAUGAACACACUGUUAAGAUUGAUGUUAACGAACAGCUAUUGGGAGAUAAUACUUAUAUUGAAAAUUGCGGCAAGAAAACUGUAAUUUCCUUCCAAAAAAUUGGAAACGACGAAUGUGAUGUACAUUUAAAGGAAAGGAAAAGCUUUUCAGAUCCAUUAAAUGGGAUAAAAGAUUCAUGUUCACGUUUAACUGAUGCCACAGGCCUUGAUAUUACUAAGAAAUCAAAUGUGACUACGAUGUAUGAAAAUCAUAUGAACAAUAAGCAGAAUUUCAGAAAAUUACUUCCAUCAUCUCGUGCAAAAAUAGAUUCCAUUGGUUCUUCUGGAAAGUCAAGGAUGUGCCAGAAAUCUUUUGAAGUCAAAUGUGUUCCUUGUUCGAACCCGAAUUUUCCUAAUUUACUUCCUUCUGAAGAAUCUUUACAUGACAUGGAAAAUGAUUGGGGUUAUGCUAUACAGCAAGAGCUUGAAGAUUUAGAAAGAAUCAUAGCAAAUGGAAGCUGCAGCGAAGCAGAAUUCAAUAACUUUGAAAACAAAUCACAAAGAAACGACAUGAAGAUGACGAAAAGAAUAGAGUCAGAGCAAAUCGUAACGGAUGAGAUGGUAAACGUCGCCAUCAAAGAAUUGAUAAAAUGUGAUGAGGUUAUGAAAUUUAUGAUUCAGUCAGAACAGGGGUCAGAGUUGGUCACUGAAUAAUGAAGUAAACACAGUCAUAUUGCUUUUUCUCAGUGCUAUUAUGCAAGAGUCAAUGAUGACAUCUUUCGCUCGUGUUUAUUUUAUUUCGUUUGUUUUUUUGUUACGCAUCUUUAUGUGGAACAUAUGUAACGCCAUACAGUUAUUCAAUGUAUGCUCUCGAGGGAAAUGGUGAGUUUUGUUUUGAAACAUUGCAUGUGAGAUUGGAGGAAAAUUAUUUCCAGAGAGAAAAUAUAAUAAUUGCUUUGUUUCGUACAAGAAAAAAGAUGAGAAAUUUUGUCAGCUCUUCAAUAAAAUUAACGUGUUUUGGAGGGAGAUUUGUUCGGCGAAAUUUCGUUUCAGACUGCUUAAGGGUAACCACGUGUUUUCUGAAUCUUUUUUCCUAUUAGCUAAUAGAUGAAUUUUGUUGUUUAUCAAGCUCGAGAAAAGUUUUUUAGUUUCGGCUCCAUAGCUGUUUUAUUUUUUAUAAUAUUAAAAUGAACAAGAAAAAAAUUUUCACCGAUGCACGCUGUUAUCAUGGUAGACAUUUUCUCAUUCAUUUGUUCCUGACAUAGAAACGUGUGCAUUUGGCAGGAACCAUCAAUCAUUUAUAUCAUAGUUAUAACAUAAUCUACGAUUUUCCAUUUGCUUGAAAUUCAAUUUUAAUGUGUUAUAGUUGAUAUUAUAAAUGCAUCAAAAUAUGUGAGUAUGAUUUACU